UCUCGAAGAAAUCAAAGCAGCGGUGACCGAAAGCAGCACGUCUGUAUACGUAUGUUUCUACCAUCCACUUUCUCUGAGACAUCGGGCCGCGACGAGCACGCGAGGGCCCGCGAGUUGCGCUCCUGGCGUGACCUGCCGGCAAAUCCCCUCGACGGUCUCCCUGGAUUAGUGCCUGAACAGCCACCAAUGGAGCGGGAGGACUGCAAGUUCUACUGCGAUCCCUGCCAGAAGGGAUUCUUCACCCAGGAGCGGUAUGAAAGACACAUGAAGGAUCAUAUCUGGUGCACCUUUCCUGGCUGCAAAUUCACCUGCCAAAAGGGCAAAGAGUGGAAAAUGGCGGUGCACGCCGAGACGCUCCACAACCGUCCGGACGCACCCGAUCUCGCGGACGUGGGCAGCUACUUGGCGCAGCGCAAGAAUCGCUUUCCCACGCAGGAGACGGUGAAGUCAAAGGUGGAAGAGCUCUUCUACAAGGCGUCAAGGGGAGUCACCCUGCCAGACGAGCGUCGCCGCUGGCUGCGUCAGCACGGUGUCUUGGUUAGGAAACACCCACGAACAGAGGAGACCUACAUUGCUUCAGAUGCACUGCGGCAGGCGACAAAUGCAGCAGCCGUAAAAGCAGCAGAAAGGCGCCGAGAUCAACAUCAGGAACAACAACAACAACAACAAGAACAAAAAGAACAACAGCAGGGCCCACAGAACCUUCCUGAGGGUAUUGCGAGAGACGUCUACUCAAAGGAAGAAGCCACUGCUGCAGUUCAAAGGCACACAGAUCACGACCGCCCAAAACGCAUUAUUCCACUCGGCCCCAACGGCACUCUCACACGCGGACAGAAGGUACAACUUAUGCGUGAUAAGUACCGUGAUGCGAAGACCGUGCCGCGCUUCUACGUGUGUCACCGGUGCGGGGAGAAGGGUACACACUGGGUAGACGAGUGCCCGACUAAAGGGGACGAGGCGUUUGAGCGGCAGAUUGUGUGGGGCGAGGAGAGGCGUGAACCACCGCGACAGAGACAACGGACCGAGGCUGACGCGGAAACAACAGCCACUGCAGCAGAAGUAGAUUAUGUUGCCACUCAGGGCUAUGCAGCCAGGGUUGGGGAUGAUCCUACGGCCCUCUACAAUGGUGCCAGACUUAUGCCGCACCCUGUGGCCUGCCGCAGUGAUGCGCCCGGUCCAGUGGACGGGGCCCUGGAGAUUGUCGAAGAUGGCGGACCGCCCGCUGAGGUGUCAGCGCGACGGCACGAGGACGUGGACGCGACGGGCCAGACACCAGAUGUCACGCGUGUGCUGGCGCCAGUCGCGGCGGCAGCUCGGGGAAG